AUGUCAGAAUAUGCUCCCACCGAAUCAGAAAGCGAUCGCGAGGCUUCUGACAACCAUCACUCACCAGCACCACGACCCGACCACCGGAUUCAUCGCCAGACCCAAGCCCAGUCAAGUCAGACUGGUCCCAUCCGGACGAGUAGUCAACCCCGUGGUCGCAAUUCUAUUCAAUCAAUUCCACCCUUAAGGGGUUCGGUAGCCGCGGCGGCGGCUGUAGGUCGGGAAGUGCGUAGACCUACGGCUGCUUCUCCUCAAACGGCCAGACAACCUCGUGCAGCCCUUAUUCCAACGGGUGGGGUUGCCCAGACACCGGCCCCAGUUGCAGCCCUCCGAACGGCACGCUUACCGGACCCAGAUGAAGUGCGAGUCACGGCCUUUGCUGGUAUCCCCGACAGUGCCAUUGAAAUGACGCAUCUCGAUGAGCCAAUUGAUGACGAGUUCGUUCAAGAACUGGAGGUUUUGUUUGAGUUGAGGCGAGGAUAUGCUCAUGCCGGCGAGUCCUUAGCAUAUGUGGCGCCCCCCCGGCAAUAUGCCAUCCACCUCUACAGCCAGCUCGCCAUUCUACAGGCCAUUGAUCGCACCCGAAACACUGUGGCACCUGUCCCGGACGUCCAUCCAGUCCCUGAGGUGGUUGCACCUGCGGACCAAGCUCGGAGCUUUAUGUAUGCUCCAGUUUUCAAGGGAUUUGUCAAACGAAGGGCUCGCGAGCUCCUCAUGACCAAGAACUUAAAGGUUUACGGGUCCGAUCCUCCCCGAGGAGCACCGGGCACCAUCAAGAGCUUAUUGGUGCUCGUAUUGGAUUACAUCAAUGAACAGCCCGCAAACUUCAAGCGCGAUUAUCUUCCACGAGGCUAUGCUGACGGCCAUCCCGGGGCCGUAUCCAGCGUCGAUAGCUUUGUCAGGGUCCAGUUGCGAAAAAGCCGAGGGAUGAUGCCUCCUGACAAACAUCCAGGCACCGUCUGGGAGGGAGAUCACUCAUCCAAUUCCCACUAUCACUUCCUUAAUGAUCUUGAUGCGGGACAGUUUGACUCCUCCGCUUCCCAACAGCACGGCUGUUGUCGCCGGCGACACUCGGGAGGCCCGUGGGAAUCAGACUCACUUGAAGGCUCGCCUUGCAUAUCUUCGUAUACUCACCAUCAUGCAGUUGGUAGGCAGGGGUCCCCGUGA